AUGAAUUUGUCAGGUGAAGCUAGUAGUGGGCCGCGUGUUUUGACCGCUCGUCACAUAAGUGCGGACAUAUCCCUUCCCGAAACGAACAAUGAAAUAAAUUCCACCCUCCUGUGCCACAGUUAUGAUCUAGAUCCUGACUUUGAAACCUAUUUUGCAGCACUCCAGACAUACGCUUGGGUUAUAUUUGCCUGCGGUCUUGCGGUGCUGCUCAUCAUAUGUGCUUUAUACGUCAUCACACUACGGUCAGCGGUCAAGCACUGGCGAGACCAAAUGCACCAUGUAGCCGUCGUCUUAAGUAUUUAUCCCAUCGUGGCAGCGAGCGCUCUCGUAAUGAUAGUGGUACCCAGAUCUCGACUGCCAGCUGAAGCAGUAGCCCAAGAAGCUGUUAUGGUAGCUCUGUACCACUUCUUCUGCUUGGUCAUAGCAGAAUGCGGUGGCACAGAACAGUUUGUCAGAAGCGCUGGUGGCGCUGACCUAGAGACGAGGGUGAUGCCAUGCUGCUGUUGGCCGUGUUGCGUUAUACCAAGGCCGAAGUUGCAUAAGGGAAGUCUAAUGUGGUUGCGGUAUUUGGUCCUUCAGAUACCGAUCAUUCAAGGACUUAUUUAUUUCAUUCUAAUUGUCAUCUGGUCGGAAGAUUUUAUGUUAUACCAAGGUAACUUUGUAUACUUCCAACCAUUCAUCGCGGCGUCCAUUCUAUCGGGCAUGUGGGGCGUAGUGAUGUGUGUUCGGGCAGCCAUAUCCGUGGGUCGUGCACCACGCCCCAGGUUCCUCGUCAUCCAGCUCGUACUCAUCAUCGUGAAGCUGCAAUGUGGACUCGCCAAGUCCGUGCCCAACAUGGCGAACUUAUCCUGCGUUAUGAAACUACAUCCCGGCGUAUUUGCAUCUCUUAUAAACAACUGUAUAAUGAUGUUAGAGAUGCUACUGAUAUCGAUUUGGGCGUGGCGAGUCUACAGCUCCCCACCAGGCAAGGACAUGGAGAAAGUGCAGAGAGACAGAGUAGUCGUUGCAGUCUUAGAAGAUAAUAUGCGAUCCAUUGAAGUGAAGAGCAUUAAAGACGGCAUCGAUAACAAAUCCUUCAAUAAUAAUGUACCAGAAAUCUGA